AUGGCUGGUAAGCUCAGUACAAUUCAAUUCAAUGCGCUGGCUGUUCCUGCGCCGGAUGUCGCGUCCCUGACUCGGCGACUGGCGCUGAACUCCAGCGACCCCUCAGUGGAGUGUGAGCUAACCCCAGCGCCAGAUGAACCGCGUCGCUCCGGUCGCUCGACCAAGGGCCAACACAAGAACCUCGAUCUGAUCGACGAGACGCCACACAAGAAGACGAAAGCGAAAGCGCAGCCGAAAGACAAACCCUCAAAGCCCUCCGUCGAACCUACCCCCGCGCCUGAGGAGGAGGAAGAGAUCAUCCGAUGUAUUUGCGGCGAGUAUGAGGAGGAGGAAGACAUUGAGCGUGACAUGAUCUGCUGUGAUCAGUGUUCCGCGUGGCAACACAAUGACUGUAUGGGCUUGACGUUCCCGCCGGGCGAGGCGCCCGACCAGUACUUCUGCGAGCAGUGCAAGCCCGAAGACCACCCGGUGCUCCUGGCGAAGAUAGAGAACGGCGAGAAGCCAUGGGAAGAAGUUGCGGAACGGCGACGCAGGGAGGCAGAGGAGCUUAAACAGUCACGGCGCAAGAAGGGCAAGAGAGGGAAGAGAGGCAGGCCCAGCGAGCCUAAGGCGCCCAAAGAGCAGAAAGAGUUGAAAGAGCCGAAAGAGCAUAAAGAACCCAAAGAGCCAAAGGAGGAGAAAGGCACACCAGCUCGUACGCCGGUUCCUAGGGUGUCCGCUACCCCUGUUUCUGCUGUUGAACCACCUCCGCCUGGGCCUGCAGCCGUGAUUCCCCACCCACCACCUGAGAAGAACAGCCAUAUUCCGGACAAGCCUCCAGCAAGCGCACAGAAGCGGAAGCUCAGUGAACAAGAGGCGUCAACGCCGGACUCGGGCCCCAAGGCAAAACAGCCAAAGAUCUCACCCCCGGCUAAGAGUGUAACGCCUCCAUCUAAGAAGACCCCAGAGAGCAAGGGACCACCUGCUCAAGCGACCGCGAAACAGCCUACACCAGUUGCUGCAGAGGCUCCCAAGCCAGAAGAACCCAAGACUCUUGACCAAAUCGUCAACCCGGCUAGGAGGAAUGCUGCGAGUGCGCUCACGAAGGUCUUUGUGGAUCAGAUCUCCGAUGCGCUGGCGGGAGAGACCUUCAAAAUGCCUGAAGGUAAGACGGGGGAAGACGUUGGUCAGCAGCUCGGCAUCGCGGUCGAGGAGGCUUUAUAUCAGAAUCUUAUGGGAGGGGGCGGAGAGGCUACAUCAGAAGCUUAUAAGAUACAACUGCGGGCGAUAUUGUUCAACGUAAAGAAGAACCCUUCUCUACGGGAUCGUCUGCUCGUAGGUAGUUUAUCUCCCGAUGAGCUCUCUAGAAUGAGCUCCCAAGACAUGGCGAGUGAGGAACUGCAACAGAAAGAUGCAGAGCUCAAGAGGGAGGCCGAGAGACAACAUAUUAUCAUCCAAGAACAAGGGCCACGGAUUAGGCGGACCCAUAAGGGCGAGGAACUAGUCGAAGACGACCAAACCAAUGUUUCGACCGAGCCCGUCUUCUCAGCCAUCCCUCGCCGUGUCACCGAGACUGACGCAAGUCCUGCGCAGAGUCCUAUCAGUCCAACUACCAAACAGCCAGAGACGGAUGGCCAGAAGGCCAACAAAGACGCCACGCCAACGGAACCGACACCGCACGACGAGCAUUUCACAACUCGAAGCCACUCCCCUGGUACCGGUCAGGAACAGGUCUUUCCGGAGGUGGAAACACACAUUCGCCAGCCGAUACCUACUGGCAAGGUCCAGGCCGAUGCAGAGAUCGAUCAACUACUGAAAGACGACGACGAACCAGAGUCACCACCAUACUCGCCGAAAGAACACCACGACGAGGGCGCAAUCUGGCAUGGCAAGAUCAUCAUGAGCCCCAUCUCAACCGAGUUCUCGUGCUCCGCCAAACAUGUCGGAGGAGCAGACCUCAGCAAAAAAAUCCCCUGGAGUGAGCUCAUCCCGUCCUCGUUGGUCAUCGACGGGAGAAUCAAGAUCGAACCUGCCGACACCUACCUUUGUGGUCUGCGGUUCAGCUCGUCUACAGAUGUCACGGUCAUCUGCAUCAGCAGCCCGGAAUCCCCUAAGGAAAAGUCCAAUUUCGACAAGCUCUUCAACUAUUUCAUGGAUCGUCAAAAAUAUGGCGUGGUCGGCAAGCACCCAAUGGAAGUAGUUAAGGACACCUACGUCAUCCCCAUUGAGGCCGGGUCAGCGAAGAAGCCUGAGUUCAUCGAGCUGCUGGACAACAUCACACUUGAGGAUCCGACUCCAGACCGUGUUUUCCUCGUCGUCUUCGCUGUCAAGACCGGCGAGUCGAACCCGCCCUCCGUGCAGCCUCAAUCCCAACAAGGGAGCAUGGAGCCCGUCGCAUCAGCAAGCCCCUUGACAGUCACCUCCGGCACACCUAUCCAACCAUUCGCAACUCCCGGCCCUCGACAUCCCUCUCAAUACCCUGCCACACCUACACCCGCAUUCUCCGGUGCACACCAUCCUCCAGCACCAGCACCAGCACCGGCACCUUACGCCCAACAACCCCACCCGCAACCCCAAGUCCAACAACCUCCGCCACAACUCCCGCAGUACAACCCCUCAUCACAUCCUCAGCUCCCAGCAGAACCCACCGGUCUUGCGGCCGCGAUCCAAGUUCUGGGAGGCCAGGCAAAUACCCCCGUCGUCCAGGAGCUCCUCCAAAGAGUGCCCGCUAUCACGGCGACACAGCUCAACAUCGUCCGCGCCAUCCUCGUCCGACAACCCCAGGCCGCCGCCGAUAUUAGAGCGUUAAUGGACGAGCUGUUGAGAGACACGACAAAGCCGAAUGGGAAUGACAAUGGCCAUCCGCCGCCGCCGCCGCCGCAGCAACAACAGCAACCAGCGCAGACGCAGUAG